AUGGAAGAUGUCUCUUUGUUUCUGGUGGAUGUCCUGCCAUUGUUCCAGUGGAGAUACUCAACAGACCCUCGGCGCUUGGCGAGGGCCAUCUUGCAGGUGGUGGAAGCCCUUUGUGAAGGGCCGGUAGCGGUGAUGCGAGCGCAGGCCCGGAUCCGGGGUCGCAAGAUGGACCGACUGCCCUGCGAAGAUGUUUUGAUGCCGGCAUUUCAAAGCUUCCUGAAAUCACAUCCCCGGGUCUCCAAAAAUGCGCUGCAACCCAAGAGUAUCGCUCUUGAAAUUUAUGACGGGCGCUUGUCCUUCAAGGAGUUCUUGCAGAGCUUGAGCCAUGUGGAUCGCAAGAAGAAGACCAUUCGUCAGGAGGGUCUUCUACUUCGCUACCUGUCGCAGGUUCACAAGACCUUGAAGCACAACAUCCCCGAUGAGUUCAAAUACGAAGAGGUCCUCGACAUCGAGGCAUACUUGUUGGCCAUUAUCAACAGCACCGAUUCCAGCCUUCUUCGUGAGUGGGAAGCCUUGAAAGCUUUGGAAGGCGUUGACUUCAAGGAGAGUGCUUCCGCCGUGACCUUGGCUGAGAAGGUCAUCAAGUCCACGCUGUCGGGUGCCCCCGCCGGGACACCCCCCGAGUCUGAACUCGAGCUCCGUGCUUUGCGCUCGCGAGCACGAGUCGAAGCGCAGCGCUUCGCGCUCUUUCUGGCCAUGGGCUGGUGGGAGGAGGCUGCCUCAUGCCUCCAAAACCUGGAUGCCGCCACCAUCCGUGCGCAGAGCAUCCAGGGAGGCCGAAGGCCCUUGACCAAACGAGCGCAGGCGAACAUUCAGGUUGAGCUCGAGGAUUUGGAGGAUGGCUUCCAAGUUUUUGGUGAGAUCCUGGACGAGUCCAAGGAUCAGAACCUCCCAUGGCUGGAAUUUGAGGCCAAAGUGCCUUGGCCAUCCAAUAGCUUUGAGCCACUGUUGUAUUUGGAGAGCAUCGACUGA